AUGAGUGCAAAUAAAGAGUUGUUUUCAAAUCUUGAUGAAACAUUUAGAGAAAAAGUGAAAGUGGGGAACAAUUCCAGUUUAGGUGUCAAAGGAAAAGGAGACAUUGAGAUUGAAGUGAAUGGAGCUGGAAAAGGAGACAUCAAGAUUGAAGUGAAUGGAGUUAUGCACUCUAUCUAUAGAGUGUUCUAUAUACCAGAUUUGAAGAGCAAUCUCCUUAGUCUUGGCCAAUUGCAAGAAAAGGGAUUUGUUGUUCUCAUGCAAAAGAACACAUGUCAAAUUUAUCAUCCUGAGAAGGGUUUGCUUAUGAAAGUUGAGAUGACAUCAAAUCUUGAAGACAUCAUAUUAGUAGCAUCAGAAAGUGCUUCAUUAGAAAAUGAAUCUUCAGCAGACACAAAGUCAGAAAAUGAGUCAUCUAAAGACAACUCAAGCGAGCAUAGAACCAAAGAACCAAGAUUAAGGAGAACUCCAGUAUGGUUGACAGAUUAUGUGAGUGGUGAUGAGUUAUCCGAUGAUGGAAAUUCUGCUCAACUCACUUUGUUUGCUGACAAUGAUCCGAUCACCUUUAAUGAUGCUGUGAGAAGCUCAAAAUGGAGGAGGGCCAUGGAUUCAAAAAUUGUAGCAAUUGUGAAAAACAAUACUUGGGAACUUACUGAUUUGCCAGUAGAGGAAAAAACCAUUGGAGUGAAAUGGAUAUACAAGACAAAGCUAAAAAAAAAAUGGAGAGAUAGACAAGUACAAAGCCAAAUUGGUGGCUAA